AUGAAACUCCCUUCCCUUGCCAUAGCGAUUCUAGCAGUUUUGUUAUUCGUUGUACACUCAACUUCAGAUUCUUCGUCCCUGGAAAAUUUUCUUCAAUGUUUCCCGGACCAUAUUUCCCAAUCCUCUACUCCAAUCUCUUCAGUAAUUUCUACGCCAAGCGAUUCCUCAUUCACAUCUCUCUUGCUCAAUCGUACAUCUAACCGCAGAUACACAACACCCACAACACCAAAACCUCUAGCCAUUGUAGCUGCUCAAAAUCCAUCACACGUUCAGGCCACAGUAAUAUGUGCCAAGUCUCAUGGCCUGCAGAUUCGGAUUCGAAGUGGAGGCCACGAUUAUGAAGGCCUUUCGUAUGUGUCACAAGUUCCCUUCAUUUUACUUGACAUGUUCAAUCUUAAGUCUAUUCAGAUUGACGUCAGAAACGAGACAGCGCUGGUUCAGGCAGGAGCAACAAUGGGUGAAGUUUAUUAUAGUAUCGCCAAAGAAAGUCACGUUCAUGCCUUCCCUGCUGGUGUUUGCUUCACCUUAGGUGCUGGUGGACACAUUUCUGGUGGAGGCUAUGGAAAUUUGAUGAGAAAAUAUGGUCUCUCCAUUGAUAAUAUCAUUGAUGCUGAACUUGUAGAUGUUAAUGGCAGAAUCCUCAACAGGAAGACAAUGGGAGAAGAUCUAUUUUGGGCCAUCAGAGGAGGUGGGGCUGCGAGUUUUGGGGUUGUCGUUUCAUGGAAGAUCAAGUUGGUUUCUGUGCCUCCACAAGUGACUGUGUUCCGAGUGAAGAAGACUUUGGAAGAAGGUGCGACUGAUCUUGUUUACAAAUGGCAACUCGUUGCCAGUGAAUUAGAUAAAGAUCUGUUCAUAAGGGUAAUGCCAUUAGUCAGCAAUGGAACUCAAGAGGGUAAGAAGACAAUACGAGUUUCUUUUAUUGGCCAAUUCUUAGGGACAAUUGAUAGGUUAAUGCCUUUGAUGAAGAAGAGCUUCCCAGAAUUAGGUCUAAAAGAAAAUGAUUGCACUGAAAUGCCCUGGGUGAAUUCAACUCUCUUCUGGUAUGAUUACCCAAUUGGGACCUCAGCUGAUGAGUUACUUGUAAAGCACAAACAACCAACACAGUUCUUCAAAAGUAAGUCAGAUUACGUUAAGGAGCCGAUUCCAAAGAGUGCAUUAGAAUCCAUGUGGAAGCUGAUGAUUGAAGGUGAGAACUUAUGGAUGCAAUGGAAUCCUUAUGGUGGAAAGAUGAGUGAGAUUUCUCCAUCAGAAACCCCAUUUCCUCACAGAGCUGGAAACUUGUUCCUGAUUCAAUACUAUACUUACUGGAAGAAAGAAGGGUAUGAGGAAAGUAACCAUUAUAUGAACUUUUCAAGGUCAUUUCAUGAAUUCAUGGCUCCAUAUGUUUCGAAAUCUCCGAGGGAGGCUUUCCUCAACUACAGAGAUCUUGAUGUUGGGGCCAAUCCUAGUAAUGCAACGAGCUUAGAUGUUGCUAAUAGCACUUAUGGGAGAGAAUAUUUUAAGGACAACUUUGAAAGAUUAGUUCAUGUGAAAACCAAAGUUGAUUUAGACAAUUUCUUCAAACAUGAACAGAGCAUACCGCCUCAUCAGUUCUUGUAG